CGGGACCGGAUCCAGGUUCAGGACCGGGUCUGGGUCCGGAUCGGCCCCGCCGAGCCCGCGCCGGCACCGAAGCCCCAUUGGGACCGUCCCAGGAGCAUGUGGCUGAGGCUGGCGUUGGUGCUGCUGGUGCUGGCGGGGGCGCGGGGGGACGAGGGGCCGCCCUGGGCCCCCCCCGGCCCCACGGCGCCGCCGGGGCACCCGUGUGGGGCGGCGGUGCUCGAGGACCUGCUGAGCCGCCUGAGGGCCCUGGAGGGGCAAGUGCGGGCGCUGCAGGGCCAGUGUGGGGCUGAGGGCUGGCCCCAGGCUGUCACCGGGCGGACGGACGCGCGGCGCCUGUGCAGCGGGCGCGGGGUCUUCGCGGCGGGGCGCUGCGCCUGCACCUGCGAGCCGGGCUGGGGCGGCCCGACGUGCGCCGAGCGCCGGUGCCCCGGCGACUGCAGCGACCAGGGCCGGUGCCGGGCCGGGCGCUGCCGUUGCUUCGCCGGCUACGCGGGCGCCGCCUGCGACGCCGCCGUCGCCGCCUGCCCCCCCGGGCGCGCCGGGCCCCGCUGCCGCCUCGAGAUCCCCUUGGUGACCCUGCAUGUGACUGCCCGCAACCAGACGUCCUUCCAGGUGGCCUGGUCACAGCCACAACAGCCUGUGGAUGGCUUCCAGGUGGCCAUCAUCCCCAUGGACGAGGCGGAGGCAGUGACCAUGCACCAGCUGCCCAGCUCUGCCGUCACCUUCGAGGCAACGGGGCUGGUGCCCGGUGGCGCCUACGAGGUCUCGGUGCAGGCGCAGCGGGAGCAGCAUGCCGGGGCGCCCAGCACCCUGCGCGUCCGCACCUUGCCCACCCCAUCCCUGCACGCCCAUGGGGGGCCCCCAGGAUCCCCUCGGGGUCUCCCAGGCCCCCCUGCAUCCCCGGCAUCACCGGUGUCCCCGGCGUCACCAGCAUCCCCGGGGUUGCCAGCCUCCAUGAGGUCACCGGCAUCCCCAGUGUCACCAGGCUUCUCAGGAUCCUCAGGGUCACCGGCAUCCCCGGUGUCACCAGUGUCCCCGGGGUCACCGGCAUCUCCACGGUCUCCUGCAUCCUCGGGUUCUCCGGUGUCCCCGGGGUCACCAGCGUCUCCACGAUCUCCUGCAUCCCCGGGUUCUCCAGCAUCCCCAGUGUCCCCAGCGUCCCCGCGGUCCCCAGCGUCCCCGGGGGGCCUGUCCCUGCAGACGGUGGUGCAUGACCUGGAGGCCAAGCUCUCGCCCUACAACGGCACCUUGCAGCAGCGCCUGGAGAGCUACCUCCGGGCCUCGGCGUUCCCGCUCCGCGGCAACCAGACAGUGCCAGCUGUGGCCCGGGCCAUCCUCUCCUACCUGCUGCACCGGAGCCCGGCCGAGCUGCGUGACCAGGUCUUCCACCGCCUCCGCCAGGGUCCCCCAGGCCCCCCGUCCCACAUCAAGCCCCGGGUGAUUCCGGGAGCCGCUGGCGAAGCCCUGGUGACCCUGGAUGGUCUGCGGGACCAUGUGGACACUGUGGUGAUCCGCUACCGGCUCCUGGGAGGGCCUGAGGGGGCCGGGGGGGAGUUGCGGGUGCCGGGGGAUGCGGCGGUGGCCAGGCUCCCAGGGCUGGUCCCGGGGGCCACGUAUCGCGUGGAGGUCCACGGUGUAGUGCAGGGGCACGCCUCCAAGUCCUACUCCACCCUGGUGACAACAGGGGUGGACAACACCAGUGAACCUCCCCAAGACCAUGGGCAUCGAUAUGAGGUGGAGCUGACGGGGGUGGCCGAGCCUGAUAGCACCGUGGCUGAAGCAGUUGCAGCCCCAGCUCCAUCAGAGGAGGAACUGCCAUCCCAGCCCCAACUAGGCGACCUCACGGCCUCCCGUGUCACCCCUGACUCUGUCCAGCUCGAUUGGACCGUCCCUGAGGGCACCUUUGACUCCUUCACGGUGCAGUACAAGGAUGCACAAGGCCAACCCCAGGUGCUGCCUGUGGGCAGUGGGUCCCGCAGUGUGACCAUAUCCAACUUGACUCCAUCUCGCCGCUACAAGUUCAACCUGCAUGGUGUGUGGGGACGGAAACGUCUGGGCCCCAUCUCCACUGAUGUGGUCACAGCCGUGGCUCCACCGGAGGAGAAAACGCCAUCCCAGCCCCGCCUGGGCGAGCUCACGGCCUCUCACAUCACCCCUGAAUCUGUCCAGCUUGACUGGACCAUCCUGGAGGGCACCUUUGACUCCUUCACGGUGCAGUACAAGGAUGCACAAGGCCAGCCUCAAGCCCUUGCUGUUGACGGUGGAUCCCGCACCGUAACCGUGCCCAACCUGACUCCAUCCCGUCGCUACAAGUUCAACCUGUACGGGGUGUGGGGAAGGAAACGUAUUGGUCUCAUCUCUACUGAAGCUGUCACAGCCCCGGCACCACCACAGGAAGAACCACCAUCCCAACCCCACCUGGGCAAACUCACGGCCUCCCAUGUCACCCCUGACUCCGUCCAGCUGGAAUGGACCAUCCCCGAGGGCACCUUUGACUCCUUCACGGUGCAGUACAAGGAUGCACAAGGCCAGCCCCAGGUGCUGCCUGUGGGUGGUGGGUCCCGCACAGUGACUGUGCCCGACCUGGCUCCAUCGCGUCGCUACAAUUUCAACCUGUAUGGUGUGUGGGGACGGAAACGUCUGGGUCCCAUCUCCACCGAUGCUGUCACAGCUGCAGCCCCAUUGGAGGAGGAAAGACCAUCCCAGCCCCGCCUGGGCGAGCUCACGGCCUCCCACGUCACAUCUGACUCCGUCCAGCUGGAAUGGACCAUCCCUGAGGGCACCUUUGAUUCCUUCACGGUGCAGUACAAGGAUGAACAAGGCCAGCCCCAGGUGGUGCCUGUGGACGGCAAGUCCCGCAGUGUGACCGUGCCCAACCUGGCACCAUCGCGUCGCUACAAGUUCAACCUGUAUGGUGUGUGGGGACGGAAACGUCUUGGCCCCAUCUCCACCGAUGCCAUCACAGCCCUGGCUCCACCGGAAGAACCACCAUCCCAGCCCCACCUGGGUGAACUCACGGCCUCCCACGUCACAUCUGACUCCAUCCAACUUGACUGGACCAUCCCUGAGGGCACCUUUGACUCCUUCAUGGUGCAGUACAAGGAUGCACAAGGCCAACCCCAGGUGGUGCCUGUGGACGGCGAGUCCCGCAGUGUGACUGUGCCCAACCUGGUUCCAUCGCGUCACUACAAGUUCAACCUGUAUGGUGUGUGGGGACGGAAACGUCUUGGCCCUAUCUCCACUGACGCCGUCACAGCCUCGGCCAUGCUGGAGGAGAAACCGCCAUCCCAGCCCCAACUGGGCGAGCUCACUGCCUCCCACGUCACCCCCAGCUCCGUCCAGCUUGACUGGACCAUCUCUGAGGGCACCUUUGACUCCUUCAUGGUGCAGUACAAGGAUGCACAAGGCCAUCCUCAAGCACUUGCAGUUGAUGGUGGGUCCCGCAUGGUGACCGUGCCCAACCUGGCUCCAUCUCACCACUACAAGUUCAACCUGUACGGUGUGUGGGGGCGGAAACGACUGGGUCCUGUCUCCACUGAUGCUGUCACAGCCCCAGCAGUGCUGCAAAAGGAAAAACCUCCAUCCCAACCCCGCCUGGGCGAGCUCACAGCCUCCCACGUCACCCCUGGCUCCAUCCAGCUUGAAUGGACGAUCCCUGAGGGCACCUUUGACUCCUUCACGGUGCAGUACAAGGAUGCACAAGGGCAGCCCCAGGUGGUGCCCGUGGAUGGCGAGUCCCGCAGUGUGACCGUGCCCAGCCUGGCACCAUCGCACCGCUACAAGUUCAACCUGUAUGGUGUGUGGGGACGGAAACGUGUUGGCCCCAUCUCCACUGAUGCGAUCACAGCCCCGGCCCCACUGGAAGAGGAGCUGCCUUCCCAACCCCGUCUGGGUGACCUCACAGCCUCCCACGUCACCCCUAGCUCCAUCCAGCUCGACUGGACCAUCCCUGAGGGCACCUUUGACUCCUUCGCGGUGCAGUACAAGGAUGCACAAGGGCAGCCCCAGGUGGUGCCUGUGGAUGGCGAGUCCCGCAGUGUGACCGUGCGUGACCUGGUUCCAUCUCGCCGUUACAAGUUCAACCUGUAUGGGAUGUGGGGACGGAAACGUGUUGGCCCCAUCUCCACCGAUGCGGUCACAGCUCCAGCCCCACCAGAGGAGGAGGAACUGCCAUCCCAGCCCCGCCUGGGUGACCUCACAGCCUCCCAUGUAACCCCUGACUCCAUCCAGCUGGAAUGGACCGUCCCUGAGGGCACCUUUGACUCCUUCACGGUGCAGUACAAGGAUGCACAAGGCCAGCCCCAGGUGCUGUCCGUGGGUGGUGGGUCCCGCACAGUGACUGUGCCCAACCUGGCUCCAUCGCGUCGCUACAAGUUCAACCUGUAUGGUGUGUGGGGACGGAAGCGUCUUGGCCCCAUCUCCACCGAUGCUGUCACAGCUGCAGCCCCAUUGGAGGAGGAAAGACCAUCCCAGCCCCGCCUGGGCGAGCUCACGGCCUCCCACGUCACAUCUGACUCCGUCCAGCUGGAAUGGACUGUCCCCGAGGGCACCUUUGAUUCCUUCACGGUGCAGUACAAGGACGAACAAGGCCAGCCCCAGGUGGUGCCUGUGGACGGCAAGUCCCGCAGUGUGACCGUGCCUAACCUGGCACCAUCGCGUCGCUACAAGUUCAACCUGUAUGGUGUGUGGGGACGGAAACGUGUUGGCCCCAUCUCCGCUGAUGCCAUCACAGGCCCAGCUCCACUGGAGGAGGAGGAACUGGCAUACCAGCCCCGCCUGGGCGAGCUCACGGCCUCCCACGUCACCCCUGACUCUGUCCAGCUGAAGUGGACCGUCCCCGAAGGCACCUUUGACUCCUUCACGGUGCAGUACAAGGAUGCACAAGGCCAGCCCCAGGUGGUGCCUGUGGACGGCGAGUCCCGCAGUGUGACCGUGCCCGACCUGGUUCCAUCGCGUCGCUACAAGUUCAACCUGUAUGGUGUGUGGGGACAGAAGCGUCUUGGUCCCAUCUCCACCGAUGUGAUCACAGCCCCAGCACCACCGGAGGAGGAAGAACCGGCCUCCCAACCCAGCCUGGGCGACUUCACGGCCUCCCAUGUCACCCCUCACUCUGUCCAGCUCGACUGGACAGUCCCCGAGGGCACCUUUGACUCCUUCACAGUGCAGUACAAGGAUGCACAAGGCCAGCCCCAGGUGGUAGCUGUGGACAGUGAGUCCCGCAGUGUGACCGUGCCCGACCUGGUCCCAUCGCGUCGCUACAAGUUCAACCUGUAUGGUGUGUGGGGACGGAAGCGUCUUGGCCCCAUCUCCACCGAUGCUGUCACAGCCUCACCAGAGGAACAGGAACUGACAUCCCAGCCCCGCCUGGGCGACCUCACGGCCUCCCAUGUCACCCCUCACUCUGUCCAGCUGGAAUGGACAGUAUCCGAGGGCUCCUUUGACUCCUUCACGGUGCAGUACAAGAAUGCACAAGGCCAGCCCCAGGUGGUGCCCGUGGAUGGCGAGUCCCGCAGUGUGACUGUGUCCGACCUGGCACCAUCGCGCCGCUACAAGUUCAACCUGUAUGGUGUGUGGGAACGGAAACGUCUUGGCCCCAUCUCCACCGAUGCUGUCACAGCCCCAGCCCCUCUGGAGGAGGAGGAACCGGCCACCCAGCCCCACUUGGGCAAACUCACGGCCUCCCAUGUCACCCCUGAUUCCGUCCAGCUCGACUGGACCGUUGUCGAGGGCACCUUUGACUCCUUCACGGUGCAGUACAAGGAUGCACAAGGCCAGCCCCAGGUGGUGCCUGUGGACAGCGAGUCCCGCAGUGUGACCGUGCCUGACCUGGUUCCAUCGCGUCGCUACAAAUUCAACCUGUAUGGUGUGUGGGGACGAAAACGUGUUGGCCCCAUCUCCACUGAUGCAGUCACAGCCCCUCUGGAGGAGGAGGAACCUGCAUCUGAGCCCAGCCUGGGUGACCUCACGGCCUCCCAUGUCACCCCCGACUCCAUCCAGCUCGACUGGACUGUCCCCGAGGGCACCUUUGAUUCCUUCACGGUGCAGUACAAGGAUGCACAAGGCCAGCCCCAGGUGGUGCCUGUGGAUGGCGAUUCCCGCAGUGUGACCGUGCCCGACCUGGUUCCAUCGCGUCGCUACAAGUUCAACCUGUAUGGUGUGUGGGGAGGGAAACGUGUUGGCCCCAUCUCCACCGAUGCGGUCACAGCUCCAGCGCCACCGGAGGAGGAAGAACCGGCCUCCCAGCCCAGUCUGGGUGACCUCACGGCCUCCCAUGUCACCCGUGACUCCGUCCAGCUCGACUGGACAGUCCCUGAGGGCACCUUUGACUCUUUCACGGUGCAGUACAAGGAUGCAGAAGGGCAGCCCCAGGUGGUGCCUGUGGACGGCGAGUCCCGCAGUGUGACCGUGCCCGACCUGGUUCCAUCUCGUCGCUACAAGUUCAACCUGUAUGGUGUGUGGGGACGGAAGCGUCUUGGCCCCAUCUCCACUGAUGCUGUCACAGCGCCACCGGAGGAGGAAGAACCGGCCUCCCAGCCCCGCUUGGGUGACCUCACGGCCUCCCAUGUCACCCCUCACUCCGUCCAGCUCGACUGGACUGUCCCUGAGGGCACCUUUGACUCCUUCACGGUGCAGUACAAGGAUGCACAAGGCCAGCCCCAGGUGGUGCCUGUGGACGGCGAUUCCCACAGUGUGACCGUGCCCGACCUGGUUCCAUCUCGUCGCUACAAGUUCAACCUGUAUGGUGUGUGGGGGCGGAAACGUCUUGGCCCCAUCUCCACUGAUGCUGUCACAGCCCCAGCGCCACCGGAGGAGGAAGAACCGGCCUCCCAGCCCAGCCUGGGCGACCUCACGGCCUCCCAUGUCACCCGUGACUCCAUCCAGCUCGACUGGACAGUCCCCGAGGGCACCUUUGAUUCCUUCACGGUGCAGUACAAGGAUGCAGAAGGCCAGCCCCAGGUGGUGCCUGUGGAUGGCGAGUCCCGCAGUGUGACCGUGCCCGACCUGGUUCCAUCGCGUCGCUACAAGUUCAACCUGUAUGGUGUGUGGGGACGGAAACGUCUGGGCCCUAUCUCCACCGAUGCGAUCACAGCCCCAGCGCCACCGGAGGAGGAAGAACCAGCCUCCCAACCCCGCCUGGGCGACCUCACGGCCUCCCAUGUCACCCCUGAUUCCGUCCAGCUCGACUGGAGUGUCUCUGAGGGCACCUUUGACUCCUUCACGGUGCAGUACAAGGAUGCAGAAGGGCAGCCCCAGGUGGUGCCUGUGGACGGUGAGUCCCGAAGUGUGACCGUGCCCGACCUGGUCCCAUCUCGCCAUUACAAGUUCAACCUGUAUGGUGUGUGGGGACGGAAACGUGUCGGCCCCAUCUCCACCGAUGCUGUCACAGCCCCAGCGCCACCAGAGGAGGAAGAACCGGCCUCCCAGCCCAGCCUGGGCGACCUCACGGCCUCCCAUGUCACCCCUCACUCCGUCCAGCUCGACUGGACUGUCCCUGAGGGCACCUUUGACUCCUUCACGGUGCAGUACAAGGAUGCACAAGGCCAGCCCCAGGUGGUGCCUGUGGACGGCGAGUCCCGAAGUGUGACCGUGCCCGACCUGGUCCCAUCUCGCCGCUACAAGUUCAACCUGUAUGGUGUGUGGGGACGGAAGCGUCUUGGCCCCAUCUCCACCGAUGCUGUCACAGCGCCACCGGAGGAGGAAGAACCAGCCUCCCAGCCCCGCCUGGGCGACCUCACGGCCUCCCAUGUCACCCCUCACUCCGUCCAGCUCGACUGGACAGUCCCCGAGGGCACCUUUGAUUCCUUCACGGUGCAGUACAAGGAUGCACAAGGGCAGCCCCAGGUGGUGCCUGUGGACGGCGAUUCCCGCAGUGUGACCGUGCCAAACCUGGUCCCAUCUCGCCAUUACAAGUUCAACCUGUACGGUGUGUGGGGACGGAAGCGUCUGGGUCCCAUCUCCACCGAUGCUGUCACAGCUCCAGCGCCACCGGAGGAGGAAGAACCGGCCUCCCAGCCCCGCCUGGGUGACCUCACGGCCUCCAAUGUCACCCCUCACUCCGUCCAGCUUGACUGGAUUGUCCCCGAGGGCACCUUUGAUUCCUUCGCGGUGCAGUACAAGGAUGCACAAGGCCAGCCCCAGGUGGUGCCUGUGGAUGGCGAUUCCCGCAGUGUGACCGUGUCCGACCUGGUCCCAUCGCGUCGCUACAAGUUCAACCUGUAUGGUGUGUGGGGACAGAAGCGUCUUGGCCCCAUCUCCACCGAUGCUGUCACAGCCCCAGCGCCACCGGAGGAGGAAGAACCAGCCUCCCAGCCCCGCCUGGGCGACCUCACGGCCUCCCAUGUCACCCCUCACUCCGUCCAGCUCGACUGGACUGUCCCCGAGGGCACCUUUGACUCCUUCACGGUGCAGUACAAGGAUGCAGAAGGGCAGCCCCAGGUGGUGCCUGUGGACGGUGAUUCCCGCAGUGUGACUGUGCCCGACCUGGUCCCAUCUCGCCGUUACAAGUUCAACCUGUACGGUGUGUGGGGACGGAAACGUCUGGGCCCCAUCUCCACCGAUGCUGUCACAGCCCCAGCGCCACCGGAGGAGGAAGAACCAGCCUCCCAGCCCCGCCUGGGUGACCUCACGGCCUCCCAUGUCACCCGUGACUCCAUCCAGCUCGACUGGACUGUCCCUGAGGGCACCUUUGACUCCUUCACGGUGCAGUACAAGGAUGCACAAGGCCAGCCCCAGGUGGUGCCUGUGGAUGGCGAUUCCCGCAGUGUGACCGUGCCAAACCUGGUUCCAUCUCGGCGCUACAAGUUCAACCUGUAUGGUGUGUGGGGACGGAAACGUCUGGGUCCCAUCUCCACCGACGCGGUCACAGCCCCAGCCCCACUGGAGGAGGAGAAACCGGCCACCCAGCCCCGCCUGGGUGACCUCACAGCCUCCCACGUCACCCCUCACUCUGUCCAGCUUGACUGGACUGUCCCUGAGGGCACCUUUGACUCCUUCACGGUGCAGUACAAGGAUGCACAAGGCCAGCCCCAGGUGGUGCCUGCGGAUGGCAGGUCCCGCAGUGUGACUGUGCCCAACCUGGUUCCAUCGCGUCGCUACAAGUUCAACCUGUAUGGUGUGUGGGAACGGAAACGUCUGGGCCCCAUCUCCACUGAUGCCGUCACAGCCCCAGUGCCACCAGCAGAGGAGGAACAGGCCUCCCAGCCCCGCCUGGGUGACCUCACGGCCUCCCACAUCACCCCUGACUCCGUCCAGCUGGAAUGGACCAUAUCUGAGGGUACCUUUGACUCCUUCAUGGUGCAGUACAGGGACGCGCAAGGCCAGCCCCAGGUGGUGCCUGUGGAUGGCAAGUCCCGCACGGUGACUGUACCUGACCUGGUUCCAUCUCACCGCUACAAGUUCAACCUGUAUGGGGUGUGGCAGCAGAAAUAUGUUGGUCUUAUUUCCACUGAGGCCAUCACAGCCCCAGCCCCACAAGAGGAGAAGGAACCAGCAUCACAGCCCCGUCUGGGCGACCUCACGGCCUCCCAUGUUACCCCUGACUCUGUCCAGCUCGACUGGACAGUCCCCGAGGGCACCUUUGACUCCUUCAUGGUGCAGUACAAGGAUGCACAAGGGCAGCCCCAGGUGGUUCCCGUGGACAGCGAUUCCCGCAGUGUGACCGUGCCCAACCUGGUUCCAUCGCGUCGCUACAAGUUCAACCUGUAUGGUGUGUGGGGACGGAAGCGUCUGGGCCCCAUCUCCACCGAUGCUGUCACAGCUGCAGACCCCCUGAAGAAGCAACUUCCACCAGGCCCCCGCCUUGGCAACCUCACGGCCUCCCACGUCACCCCUGGCUCUGUUCAGCUCCAAUGGACCGUCCCCAGGGGCACCUUUGACUCCUUCACGGUGCAGUACAAGGAUGCACAAGGCCAGCCCCAGGUGGUACCCGUGGAUGGUGGGUCCCGCACAGUGACCGUGUCCGACCUGGCAUCAUCCCACCAUUACAAUUUCAGCUUAUAUGGGGUGUGGCAAGAGAAACGUGUUGGUUUUAUCUCCACUGAUGUCAUCACAGCCCCGGCCCCACCAGAGGAGGAACCAGCAUCCCAGCCCCGCCUCGGUGACCUCACGGCCUCCCACGUCACCCCUGACUCUGUCCAACUUGACUGGACGGUCCCUGAGGGCACCUUUGACUCCUUCAUGGUGCAGUAUAAGGAUGCACAAGGCCAGCCCCAGGUUCUGCCUGUGGGUGGUGGGUCCCGCAGUGUGACCGUGCGUGACCUGGUUCCAUUGCACCGCUACAAGUUCAACCUGUAUGGGAUGUGGGGAUGGAAACGUCUUGGCCCCAUCUCCACCGACACCCUCACAGCCCGUGCCCCACUGGAGGAGGAAGAAUCAUCCCAACCCCGCCUAGGCGACCUCACAGCCUCCAAUGUCACCCCUGACUCCGUCCAGCUGGAAUGGACGGUCCCUGAGGGCACCUUUGACUCCUUCACGGUGCAGUACAGGGAUGCACAAGGCCAGCCCCAGGUGGUUCCCGUGGAUGGCGAGUCCCGCAGUGUGACCGUGUCUGACCUGGCACCAUCCCGCCGAUACACAUUCAACCUCUACGGGAUCUGGCAGCAGAAACAUAUUGGUCUUAUUUCCACUGAUGCUGUCACAGCCUCAGCCCCACCAGAAGAAGAACCACCAUCCCAGCCCCGCCUGGGUGAACUCACUGCCUCCCACACCACCCCUGACUCCGUCCAGCUCGACUGGACAGUCCCUGAGGGCACCUUUGACUCCUUCACGGUGCAGUACAAGGAUGCACAAGGCCAGCCCCAAGGGCUGCGCAUGGACAGUGAGUCCCGCAGUGUGACCGUGCAUGACCUGGCUCCAUCACGCCGCUACAAGUUCAACCUGUACGGAAUGUGGGGACGGAAACGUCUUGGCCCCAUCUCCACUGAUGCGAUCACAGCCCCGGCUGUGGCCCCACCGAAGGAGGAACCACCAUCCCAACCCCGCCUGGGCGACAUCACGGCCUCCCACGUCACCCCCAGCUCCAUCCAACUCGACUGGACAGUCCCCGAGGGCACCUUUGACUCCUUCACGGUGCAGUACAAGGAUGCACAAGGCCAGCCCCAGGUGGUGCCCGUGGAUGGCAAAUCCCGCACAGUGACUGUGCCCAACCUGACUCCAUCGCGCCGCUACAAGUUCAACCUGUAUGGUGUGUGGGGACGGAAGCGUCUGGGCCCCAUCUCCACCGAUGCCGUCACAGCCCCAGCUCCAUCGGAGAUGGAAGUGUCAUCCCGGCCCCGCCUGGGCGACCUCACGGCCUCCCACGUCACCCCCAGUUCUGUCCAGCUCGACUGGACGGUCCCCGAGGGCACCUUUGACUCCUUCACGGUGCAGUACAAGGAUGCACAAGGCCAGCCUCAGGUUUUGCCUGUGGACGGCGAGUCCCGCACGGUGACUGUGCCCGACCUGACUCCAUCUCGCCGCUACAAGUUCAACCUGUAUGGAAUGUGGGGACGGAAACGUGUUGGCCCCAUCUCCACUGACACCGUCAUAGCCCGUGCCCCACUGGAGGAGGAAGAACCAUCCCAGCCCCGCCUGGGUGACCUCACGGCCUCCCACGUCACUCCUAACACCGUCCAGCUGGAAUGGACGGUCCCUGAGGGCACCUUUGACUCCUUCACGGUGCAGUACAGGGAUGCACAAGGCCAACCCCAGGUGGUUCCCGUGGACGGCGAGUCCCGCAGUGUGACUGUGUCUGACCUGGCACCAUCGCGCCGCUACAAGUUCAACCUGUAUGGGGUGUGGGGGCAGAAGCGUUUUGGCCCCAUCUCCACUGAUGCUAUCACAGCCCUUACUCCAUCAGAAGAGGAACCACCACCCCAACCCCGCCUGGGCGAGCUCACGGCCUCCCAUGUCACCCCCAUCUCCGUCCAGCUCAACUGGACCGUCCCCGAGGGCACCUUUGACUCCUUCAUGGUGCAGUACAAGGAUGUGCAAGGCCAGCCCCAGGUGCUGCCUGUGGGUGGUGGGUUGCGUAUGGUGACUGUGCCCGACCUGGCUCCAUCCCACCACUACGAGUUCGAUCUGUACGGGAUGUGGGGGCAGAAACGUCUGGGCCCCAUCUCCACUGAUGCCAUCACAGAUCCGGCAACACUGCGGGGGCUCUGGGUGGAGGCGGUGACGCCCCGAAGUGCCCGGCUGCGCUGGGACCCCCCCAACGCCCCUCCCGGUGGCUACGUCCUCUCCUACGGCCCCCCCGGUGGUGACCCCCAGACGCUGCGGCUGCCCCCCGAGGCGACAACCCACGAGCUGGUGGAGCUGGAGCCAGCUGGGCGCUACCGGGUGCAGCUCCGGGCCCUGGGUGGGGGGCAGCCUGGAGCCCCCCGCGAGGCCACCUUCGCCACCCCACCUCUACCCUUCCCGUACCCCCGGGACUGUGCCGAGGAGCAGCUCAAUGGCCCGGGGCCUUCACGCCAGACCCUCAUCUUCCUCGAUGGUGACCCCGGGCGGCCGCUGCGGGUCUUCUGCGACAUGGAGACCAACGGCGGCGGCUGGCUGGUUUUCCAGCGGCGCAUGAACGGCCUCACUGACUUCUGGCGGGGUUGGGCUGACUACGCCCGCGGCUUCGGCAACCUCUCCCAGGAGUUCUGGCUCGGCAACGAAGCCUUGCACGCGCUGACCUGGGGGCGCCCCACGGAGCUGCGGGUGGACCUGCGGGCGCCAGGCGAAGCCGUCUUCGCCCACUACCGCGAUUUUGCUGUUGCUGGCCCUGAGGACGACUUCCGCCUCCACCUGGGCGCCUACAGUGGCACUGCUGGGGACGCGUUGGGCUACCACGCCGGCAGCCCCUUCUCCACGCGUGACCGGGGUCUCCGGGGACGUCCCCGUCCCUGCGCUGUGUCCUACACCGGCGCCUGGUGGUACCGCAACUGCCACUACGCCAACCUCAACGGGCGCUACGGCACCCCCCAUGACCACCAGGGCAUCAACUGGUUUCCCUGGAAGGGUUUCGAGUUCUCCAUCCCCUUCACGGAGAUGAAGCUGCGGCCGCAGCGCGACUGAGCGGGCCCAGGCAUCCGGAAGGGGCCCAGGCAUCCGGGGCGAGGGCCCCGGCAUCCAGGGAAGGGCCCAGGCGUCCUGGCAGCGCCGAGGAAGGAGGCCGGGGCGGGUGAAGCCUUUAUGGGAGAGCAAUAAAAGCUGCGAGCGACUGAA